AGUAUCCUAACGUUCAUUUCAAACAACAUGUCAUCGGGCAUUUUUUUCGGGUAGAAAAUGUCGCGAGUGGUUUUUGGAGUGGUGGUAGUGAACUUGUGAGAAAAUCUUACAAAAUUUCACCAAAAUAGAAAUACUCAUCUGAAGAUGAAUAAUGAAAAAGAUAGAAGACUGAGUGGUGCUUUUGAGGCAGUAUCUGCAUGCGAUGCAGCCGAAAAUCCAUACAAAUUCAAGUGGUUUAUGUCACUGACACGGCGCAAGAAGGGAAAGCAGUGCAACAAAGAGAACCAAAGUGACUUCGUGGGACUUGCUGAUACCCUACCAAGUGGUCCUUCACGUAGGGAUCCCCUCGAGGGUCCCUACCCGAGCACAAAUAUUUUCUAUACCCUCCGCAAGAGGUUCAAGAGACGCUUCUCCCGACCCCGGAAGAGCGACUCACUACCCACAUUUCAGCUUCCGCCGCAAACGUUGGAUGCCGAAACCCCAUCGCAUCCCCUUGCGGAAGCAAAUAUCUCACUGCAUGUGGAGUCAUCUGUGAUACUGCGAAGUGACACCGCUGCGGUGACAAACACACCUGCUGAUCGUACCACUGAUAAUCCCGAAAGUGUUCCAGAUCGCACGAGUAACAUCUACGUGAACAUGAAUGAGGUGCGCGACAAGGUGAUGAGCAAUGAACGGCUCAUUCUGGCCAAGUACGGAUGGUACUGGGGCCCAUUGUCACGCAAUGCUGCUCAAAAGCGUCUUGCAUCCCAGCUCAAUGGGUCCUUCCUUCUACGUGACUCCCAGACGGAUAAGUACCAGUUCACGCUAAGCUUCAGAAGUGCCGGGUGUACACUCCAUAGUCGCAUUGAUUACAGAAACGGCUACUGGCACAUUGAAUCCGAUCGCUACAAAUCCAUUGUGGAUCUCAUCGAGGACACCAUGCGAAAGUCCAAAACAUGCGUCUUCUGCUAUGUUAAAUCCAGCUCCCAGAUGCUACCACCAUUCCCCGUACGCCUCACAAUUCCCAUCAAUCGCUUCUACGAGGUACAAUCGUUGCAGCAUCUUUGUCGCUUCAUCAUACGCCAGAAGAUAAAUCUCAACAAUGUUGAGAAGCUGCCACUACCCAGCAAGCUCAUAGACUACGUCAGGGAGAACUUUUACGAAAAUUUGUAACAAUGACUAAAUUUAUUUUGCUAACUUAUAGUGCCCUAUCGUCGUUUUUUUCUCAUUUGCUACCUCUGAACCUUCCAAGGAAUGGACAGAGUGUCUUUUGAGAGGUGAAUAAAGAGUUAACGUUUUUAAA